CCUCGCUCACCUGCAGCGGACGGGAUGUCUCCAGUUCUCAGUCACGUGAGGAGGCAAUCGAUCCUGCCGAUGGGGGUUUGCGGGGGCCGGAAGCGCCCUUUCUUCUUCCUCGUCCUCCCUCUAAUCCUCUUCCUCCCUUUGAUUCUCUCAGGUCCGUUUCCCCUCAUCAAUCCCCUCUCGCUCUUUCUAAUUCCUUGUACUCUGAUACAUGUCCCGUCGUCUGUUGCUCCCAGUGUCAAAAUUGCAUGAGAGUUCUUCGAUCCAACAAGAGCCGAAGCGAACUCGCCCCAAUAAAUCAGAUCACCUCGUCCUCGGACCCGCUGCCGGUCAGGGGUUGCCCGAUCGCCUCCAAUGCCAAGGCCUCAAAGCUGUCAAUAAGCUUGCGUGGAUCAGACUCUGCAAGGGCGGAUAGUAAAUUAUCUGAUAUGGUAAUUGUUGGAAACAAUUCCUACAGCAAAGCUGAAAGGUCCAUGGCCAUUCUUAUUGCUUUCAUAGACUUCAUACAGGUGUCAAUGCCAAGCAGCAGUGUAAUCAUAUUGACUGAUCCUGCUUCUGAGUUUGCAAUAAGAAAAAGUAAAGCAACAACAUUACCAAUUCCUGGAGAUUACUCACGUGGAAACUUGAUGCUUCAGAGAAUCAGGUCCUACAUUGCAUUCCUAGAAACAAGGCUUCAAGAGCAAUCUAAGGGCCUCGGGAGUACUAUUCACUACAUUUUCACUGAUUCUGAUAUUGCAGUGGUAAAUGACCUUGGGCAUAUAUUUCAGAAAGAUCCUAACUUUCACCUGGCCCUCACUUUUCGUAACAAUAAAGACCAGCCUCUAAACUCAGGUUUCAUUGCAGUAAGAGGCACUCCAGAUGGAAUUUAUAAGGCAAAGAUCUUUUUAGAAGAAGUUGUGAAUGUGUACAGCUUGAAAUUUAUGAAGGCCUCCGGCAUGCUUGGUGAUCAGUUAGCUCUUGCAUGGGUAGUUAAGUCUCAUCUUCCAUUUGCUCUGAAGAAGUUUGGUAGGCAUGCAAGUUUUUCUGCUGAGCUAAACGGGGUGUCAAUUCUCUUUUUGCCUUGUGCUGUUUAUAAUUGGACCCCACCUGAAGGCGCUGGGCAGUUUCAUGGCAUGCCCUUGGAUGUCCAGGUUGUCCAUUUCAAGGGGUCGAGGAAGCGAUUAAUGUUGGAAUCCUGGAGCUUCUAUAACUCAACGUCCAAUAUGUCCGACAUGCUCUGCCUCAUUCUAAAAAGCGGAAGGACAAAAUACGACUUCUAAAAAGCGGAAGGACAAAAUACGACUUCUGAAUUCAGACAAGGUAGAUCCAUUGAUUACUGAGCUGAAGAAAGAUUGGUCACCGUGAACUGGUUUGAGAUGCUGAAAACCUACAAAACAUGUACCGAGGACAUAUUCGGUGAGAUUUUCCAGUACAUUAGAACACCACCAAGUUAGAAAAGAAAUAAUAUGGUAAUCAAAAUGAGAGGAAGAGAGCUUUACUCUGUGCCGAGUCUCUUUUAUAUUGCCUUCCUACUGUUGUACCAACUCGACCAUGAAAAAAGAGAUUUUUUGUAUCUAGGUUAUUUAAGAAAAUAUUUUUGUUUGGAA